CAGUUACGCAUUGGACCGGAAGCUUAGCCAAGUGGGAGGAUUCAGGAAGCUGUCAACAACAAAAAUGAAUGAUAGAUCAGCAAGUGGCACUCGUUUCACUCGAUAAUCAACUUUAUUGCAAGUUUCAUUACGAAUACUAGAAGUCCACGUCGUCUAGUUGAAAUCAUCAUAGUGCAUUUCUGAAGCCUGAUCAGUAUUACUCCAUGAAAAGUGUUGGCGAAGUGCCUUGCCAGCCAGCAGAGGCCAGAAUGUUUUGAGUCAAAAUCAUAAUUGUUUGCAAUCAUCUUCCAUUCAUCGGCGACUAUCCAAAACAACGUGAACAACGCUGAAGAACUUUAGUCUCCUUUUAAUUCAGCGUGAGAUAGAGCUGAUAUGUUACAUGCUUCCUGGAUUAACCGGUGAAUUUAUUGCUUUGUCUUAAUUUGAAGUUUAAUUUGGAACGUAUCUUCUCGAUCUACUAAAAAACCCAAAAACAAUGUUGAUGUUGACCUUGUCACUGUUGACACAAUUCAAAUUGUUUAGAUAUGAUCCUAAAAGCUUGUGUGGGUUAAUGCUAAUUUUACAGGAUCUUUAAAGGAUUUUGUUUGUCUCUACAUAGGCCUAUUUGGGAACAGAUUCAGCUCUUUGUUGCUUGGGAAGUGCAAGCAUGGAAUUUUCGUCUGCGGCUUUCAUGUUCAAGUACAUUCUGAAAUGGAACUUUAGAUAGAUCUGAACGUAGAUCUAAUUAUAUUUCAUCGUUUUCUUCCACUGGUCUGAUCUGGAUAUUAAAGAGGAUAAACAUGUCCACAAAGUCUUUAAACGGAAUAACAUUUGACCCAAAUGAAAUACCUAUAUCAGCUGAUUUAGUUGAAGCAGCUCGAUAUGUCUUGGACUUUCUACAUGAAGUUUCUUUAAAGCCUGAGCUUUAUGAAGGCCCUCUUGUUGAAUGUGCAAUACAAAGAUAUGAACGCUAUUGGUUGCCUUUGGUUGCAAAACACCCAGGAAGAUUACUUCCGGCCCCUCUUGAUAUUGAGUGGGUCUGGCAUUGUCAUAUGCUGGCUCCAGUAGCAUAUAUGACAGACUGCCGAAAUAUUGUGGGAAAAUUAGUUGACCACCACAUGAUUGAUAGGACACAAAGAAAAGAACUAAUGAAAGACUCAGAGCGGUUGUGGCGAAAUGAAUACACUGAUGUGCCUUUUUCUGCGUGUGAUGCUGUGACACCCUGGUUUGAUUGUGAGUUUGUGUCCGCCUUGACUUAUAAUUUAACUUCGGCUGUUUCAAGGCAGAAAUUGUUUUACUACCAAGUCAGUCUUCCUCACUACAGAGACGAGAAGUUUUUGAAUAAUGGUCUCAUGCGCUACAGAAAAUUCUUAUUUCUGAAGCUCCAUUACCCAGGUAUGUUUCUGGUACCCUGCUAUGACAAUGAUUUGAUAUGGCAUACUCAUUUGCUUCACCCUGCACUUUACAAGGAUGACACAGAGGCAUAUCUUGGUAGUUUACUACCACAUGACGAUUCUGUCAAUGACAGAACUGCAGGCUCCAAGUUAUGCCUCUCAGAAGCCAAAACAAGAAAUUUGUGGAGGAAGGUGUUCAAUGAAAAGUUUUCACAUUUUGGAGCAAUGUUUCGUGGAGAACCUCCACAUAAUAAACUUAUUGGAAUGUCCAAAGAAGAUGUGUAUAAAGUGUGCACAAAGCAAGUGAACGUUCUCAUUGAAAAGGUUCGCAUAGCAGGGCUUCCACCUGGCAAGACGUUUAAGUUGAAACUUUGCUACAAUACUGGUUAUCAGAAUUUCAACCGGUCAUUGUUUGUGACUGAUCAUAUCAUAACUGUGAAAGGAAAUUCUCGGACCUUAGAAGACAACAAAAUCAACACUCACUUCUCUUUUGAUACUCGUUACAACGACAAACUCAUCGCCAGCCUUCACCAGAAAUCUGGAAGACUUUGCCUUGGUACCAGUGACACCCUUGGAGAAGGGAAACUGGACCUUCAGAAGAAAAUCCAACCCCUGAACAGCAAAGGUCUCACGGCUAAUGAUGACAUUAACUGUGGAGAUGAGCUUAGUAUUGGGCUUGUGUGGAGCUGCCCGGCCCCGGUGUUAGGUCCUUGCGUGCUGCGUCUGGAGCCCGGUGAUUACCAGAGCUGCGUGAUCCCAUCAGACAGGGAGUCCAUGUGGGGUCCCAUACCGCUGCAGCGCCUGCCUGCUCACCUGGAGAACUACUGCUCUGUUGCUUCCCACAAGCUAUUCAACCACACACGUCGUGUGGUGUUCACGGUGCGGAUGAUUCACAGUGAAGCAUUGCUCAUGUCAGCCAUCCAUGUGUUUCAUGGUGACAAGAUGACCGCUGUGGCUCACUUGGUGGUCGGGGACCAGCUACCACUUCCCACCUCAGUUGGAGAACCCAAGAAGUGCAUCACCUUGAACCCCAAGGAGGGUCAACGAGCUGUACUCAUCAAGAACAGCAAGGGUGACUGGGGCGUCGCAGUGGGAUGGUGGGAUGGGUAUCAGAAAAGAACCACGGGAAGAAAAGGUUCUGGCAGUGAAGGACAUCUAGAAAUCCGGUUUUAUCACCUCCCAACCCACAGAUGGCAUUAUGUGUCCUUUGACCGCCUCUACUCGCUUGCCACAUCAAAGUUUGAGAUUGGUGACUGUGUUGUGGAAUUCGACAGUGGCUUCAUUGAGAUCAACUCUGAUCGCUGUGAGAUAGCUGAAAAUCUUGCAUUGAUCUUCAGCGUGGCCCUCAUUCAUGUCCUGUGCCAGCCGCGUCCGUCCAACUGGGCCCCACGUCUUUAUUCAACCCCACGCAUGGGUGAAGAACAGUCUUCCCGUCUCGGAGGUUCGGAAGAAAUUGCUCUGUUGCUAGCCGCAGGAGUGCUCAUUGCUACACCUUGUAAUCAUGCCAUCAAGAAUCUCUUUAAAAAGAAGAAACAAGGAUUUGGAGACGGAUCUAGCUCCUCUGUGAGACGGAGCAGUAGUAGGGAGGAGGAGGAAUAUGACCAGAAUGGUGGUCCUGCUGUGAUAUUGCACGAGGCUGAAGUGAGUGCUGGCUGGGGUGAGGACGUGGGGAAUCGUGGUAGUCGUGACGUCUCUGAUGUCGCUUUGACUGUAGGGGCGGGGUUAACUGUGAUCAGCGAGGGGGACAAUGCAGAGGAAGAGGAGGAGGAGGAAACAAGAUUGCAACAACAGAGGGAGGAGGAUGAGGAAGAAGAGAAUGGAGCAGAGGCGACAGAAAGAACGACUCUGCUCCCAGUUGUGGAAGCUUCUGACGGAGAAGCAGAGGAGGAGGAACAAACAAGUCUGCGGGAAGGAAGUAGAGAAGAGAAUGGUAACUCUGAAGCAGAGAAUGAGGAAGGAGGAAGAGGGGAGGAAGGAGACAAUGAUAGUUUGAGAGAUUCUGAAGAUGAGGCUGCGUAUCCUGGAGAUGAGGAUAAUGUGGAUGUGGACAGUCAGACAGGUUUGUUUGGCAAUGGGGAAGAUGACAGUGAUGAAGUGGAUGACGAGAGUCCGAGGAUGUCGGGGUUGAGAGGGCAUUCGAGUUCUGGUGAUGAGAAUCAUGUCCUAGAGAAUGAUGAAGUUUUCGACAGAGAUGAGCCUAAUCAUGACGAUGUACUGUCAAACCACGUUGGCUAUGCUAUCAAUGAGGAUGCUGGAAAUUAUUAUGAUGAAUUUUACAACAUUAAUGGAGAAGAGAGUCAUAAUGGCUAUGAGAAUGUUAGUGGACCUGAAACCCAAAGUGGGUCAAAAACCAAUGAUACCCCAAAUUACAGCAGUGUUUGGGAUGCUUACGGUGAUGAUGCCAAAGCUGUAACAAAUGACACGAGUAUUGCAGGAUUUGAUGUUUCCACAGGUCAUGAGCAUGCUUCUGACACAAACUUCAAUGGAGGGGGUAUCUACAGGGGUGUUGGGGCUGGGGGGCUAAUGUUUGAGUCGGGAGGUGGGAUGGAGAUGGCUUCUGCUACCGUCGACUUUUGUGGUGGUGAUAGUGGGGGAGGUAACUGUGGAGGUUGCGGCGGAGGUGGUGGAGGUUGUGGAGGCUGCGGUGGUUGUGGUGGAUAAAAAAAAGUUGCAAUAACUGGCAACACGCCAGUGUAAGUGACGCCUAACUGUCCUCAGAAGAAUAAUACCCUUUCGUUUUAUAAAUCAUCUGUUCAAAAGGUACUGUUUUUUCCUCUCUGAAAAUGUAGCCAUGAUCUUGCUGACAUGCUGAAAACCGACACUCGACUGCUCCUCCCAAAUCCUUAACACUCAACUGCUCCUCCCAAAUCUUCUAAAUUCUUUAAACUUUUUCUUCAAAGGUUGUGCUUUUUCAAUUGUCAUUUGUACACUGUGUCAUUUGUUGAAAGGUGAAUGGAUAAAGGUUUUUACAUUGUUUUUGCUUCAAAAGCGGUUGGAUGAAAACAGAAAAAAGAAAUUUCAUGUGUUCAAAGUACCAUGACAUAUGCUUGUGACCUCUCAAGCAGACAUACUAACCGGCUGGUUGUGAAAGCGCUGGCAAUUUCAUGGGUUUUAUGGUAUUCUAGUCAAAGAUUAUUAUAUCUACUUUGUGGUUCCUUUGAGUUUAGUCCUUAGCUCAGCCUAAUGUUUUCUGUUUAUUGCAUUUAUGUUUAAUAGGGUGGUAUUUUGCAUCACAACCUCAUCCCUACCCCUAGCAGAGCUGUACUCUCAGUUGGCAUAAAAUUUGCAUAGAAUAAAGGGAACCACUUCAGCACAAUGAUGGUCAUUUCUUGCUGAAAGUGAGACAUCAAACAGGAGUAACAAUAGGGGAAUAGAAGGACUUUCUACGACAGCCUUGAACACUGGCUAUCGUAAGAAAAGUACAACUCUAUGCACAAUAGCUUUGUUAUGUCUUCCAUAGAACUUGAAUUAAGAUAACUUUCUACUGUAGAGGAAUACAGAAAAACAGUUGGGGAAAAGAGAAUGAAUGCUAAGGACGGGAGAAUGAUUAGAGACUGAAAGAAAUAGUAGCCAGCCACUGUGCCAACAUUGUCAAAGUGCUUAUAAAAGUUUCUAAUGACAGAAACAACAACUUGCAGCAUGUACUGCAAACGUCACAGAUCUGUGUUUCCAGUUUUCCACUUGCUUGAGGUAAAUUUUUCUGAGGACAGCUUGGCUGUAAAUGGAAUGAAGAACUAUGUAUGUCCCUCGGAUGCAAAAACCGGACCAUGUCAGCAUAUUUUCAUUGUAAGACAGCCAGUUUCCCUGUAAUAAUUGAGUUGUUGGGAAACCUCAAAUCUUAUUUUUCAUGAGCUUCUAAUUUUUGCGUAUUGUGCGUUAUGUUUUCAGAAGAAACGGUUUUUCUAUAGUGAAUCUCAGUAUGCAAAGAUAACAAAAAUGAGAUGCUGAUGAAAAAAGCUGUGCUGUAAUGUAAUAUACAUUCAAAAUGCACAGUUUGUAAUAUAUGAUCUUUGUGUUCCAGAAAUCACUGUUUGCUUGCCAAAGGUCCCAUUAAGUUCAGGAAUGCAGUAUUAUUAGAUUUGAAAUAGGGUGUUUUAAAUGCAGAAAAAGACAAAGAAUUUGAGAUGGUAGUUUUAGGAGUAGAGUUUGAUUGUGGUUUUCUUAACCUUUACAACAGUUUUACUCCGGAAGCUAAAAAAAGAAGUGUUUCCUGUCAUUUAGCUACAGUCUCAAUAUUGCGUAGCUAAGUUUACUGUUGAUAAUUUUAGUGUAUAUAGAAGCACCUGCUGUCUGUUGUUAAGCAUGCUUGCUUUUUAAAAAAGAUAUAGAUAUAGGUUUUUCAAUGAAACCGAAUGCUUUGCAAGGCAAUUGUGGGAACGGAAAUUAAACUUUGCUCCUGAGCAUUAGCAAUUAGAUUUGUGCAAAAUUGUUCAGUACAGGUUGUUUGAGAAAUUACAUUAUAGUACUUGGAUGGCAAAGUGAGAAAGUUUAGGUUACUUUAUUUGCUAGUAUGUAUCCACAGCAGGGUUACCUUUUCUUCUUUCCUUGUACUUUUUUGGAGUUAUAUUUUUACUUAGCUCCUCUGUUACUUUUUUUUCUGUUUCUCUGUUUUGAGAAACAUUUGAGCAGAAAUUGAUGAUAAGUUCAGAAAAGGGUUACCUCAAAGCUAAAGAAUUAUGAAUGAUAAAGCCAAACAGCCAAGAGUGAGGUUUUUUUCAGGCUUCUACCGUCAUGUUUUUGAACCAUGAGCGAGAUAGGGCUGUUGUGUACAGAAUAGAAUUUUACUGCUAAAGGAAAUAGCUUACAAGUAUUUGCUUGAUUUUCUUUUUAGAAUAGUCAUAAUAAGUGUUGUAUUUUUAUAUUCCUUUUGUUCCUCAAUUAUUACACAAUUUGUUACUUUCGUUAUUGCGGAAUUGACACUUUGAAAAAUUACUUUUUACAAAUUUUUUAUUUUGCACUUUGCCAUGACUUGCAACUCCAGCGUUGCUGUGUGAGAUCUGUUCUUGUAGAGACCUCAAAGGAUUGUUUGACUGCAAAUGUUUUAUACCUCUAUUGAUGCGGGGAUAGACCAGGAUUGUGUAGCUUUUUUUUGAGAGCAUUCAAGCAAAUGAAUAAAUGGAGAACCAUGAUUGCCGAUGUCUGCCGCAGAUCUGACACUUGAUGAUGAUGAUUUAUCCCAUUUACGAUAAAAUACCACACACACAUGUGCUGGCAAAUAUUAAGAAGGAAAAACUCUGUAAACUGUAUUGCUUUUUCAGUUUUUUUCAGUUUCAGUUUUAAAAAAGCUUCAGUUUUUAUAGUUUAAGUAAAAGUGGAAGCUCUGAACUGACGUUUGAAUUUGAAAAGAAGUGUUGUUUGGUUGCUUUUGAAUUCUAUUUUGAUAUUGCGUUUGUACAUAGGGCCUCCUUGAUAACAUAUGAAUAAUGAUUGAUAUAUUGUUUUUAUAGAGAUGAGACUGUCCUGAUUUAUUGUAUACAAGAGAUUCUGAUCUUGGUGCCAUUAUAUAGUCGGUUGAGUUUUUGUAGUAUUUAAGACAAUUUGAUCUGUGUGAGCUUUUUCAUUUAAAAUUUAAUACCUUAUUUGAUAUCAGAUCGAUUGCAUCAUUGUGAAUAUUUUAUUACUCUGUAAAUGAUAUGUUUAAGUUUAAGUUUAUCCACAGACCACUAAUGUUAGAAAUGGUUUCAUUUUUAAAAAAUGUUUACAUUCAGUCACUUAUAUUAAAGAAUAUAACCUAAUUUUUCAUAAGUGUAUGAGUUACACACAUUUUCUUAAACCAUCCCAAAUUUCUAAAGGAAUAUAUUGAAAAGUCCAAUGUACUUUAAAGGUGAGGUUGGUUUAAAUUCCCCAUUCUAAAACAAAGGUGCCUUGCCUGAAAUUUUGUGAGGAAGGAUUAAUAUUGUCAACACAUAAAAUCUUAAUUUGAUCUAAUUUGUUAAGUAAUUGUAUGAUGUUUUAAGGUUUCCCAACUGCAGUUGCUUGGUAACGAUUCAAGAAUUCCUUACAUUACUUUUCUUUUUUUACUGGAGUGAGAUGCUUUAGUAUGUAUUGUAUUUUUGUGAGUCUAGUCCAGUGCUGCUACAUUUUUGUGCCUGGUUUUUAACAGAUGUUGUCGUGUCAAUGUGCACUGAAUUUUCCUCAAUUUUUCUGUUUCUUUAUUUCUCUUCCUUCCUCAUUCAGUUUUGGCCAUCAUAUUGGUUUAUGUAUCGCAUGGCUUUUGUGCUUUGGUCAAUGGUUGUGAUAUGAUUAUGAUUACGAUUGAACAAGAAUUCCUUGUGUUGUUUUCUGUUGCUGUUGUUUUCUAGUCCUGCUGCUUGUUGAUGUGCAUUUUUUGAGGUUUUUAAUCGACUAUGUUCUUCUGUUACGUGUGCUAAUUUUUUCAGUUGUAUCAAUCAUGAGCCUCACCACAGUUUGGUGCUCUAGUGUCUGGUGUCCUUUGUCUUAAACAAUGAUCUCCCUUUAAGUGGAUUUGUUUUUGCAGAGGCUGCGAGAACAUUUUAAAAAAAUAAAAAUUUUUUAUUUGGUCAUC